AUGAAGCGGGAGCGCCUGGACCUGCUGCGAUUCGUCAUGACGUGGGGCGCGCCCCCCCGCGUCGGCGGCGACGACGACGAGGGGGACGGGGAAGACGGGGCCGACGAGGGGGCGGGCGGGGAGGACGGGGAUGUGGGGCGCAGGGCGGGCUGCCGGCCAGAGGACUGGGCGCAGUGGCGGGGGAAGCUUCCGUCGGGGCUGGCGGCGAAGCCUGUGGCGCAGGUGGCGCGCGCGUACCAGGCGGCGGCGGCGGCCGCCGCGGCGGCAGGGGAGGCGGCGCGGCUGGCGGAGUCGCUGGCGGCGGCGGUGGCGAAGAUGGAGGCGGCAGAGACGGCAAACGCGGUGCAGCGGGAAAAGGAGAAAGAGGAGGCGGCGGCGGCGGCCGCGGCCGCGGCGGCCGCCGCCGCGCAGCAGCAGCAGGCGCCCGGUGGCGAGGGCGGCCCCGGCGGCGGCGGCAAGGCGGACGGGCGGCGCGGGCGGGCAAAGUGGGGGACGGUGACUAAGGUCCUGACGGCGGGCACGGCGGCGAAGCUGCGGGAGCGGCUGGACACGAUGCGGGCCAUGAGGGCGGCCGGGCAGCUGCCAGAGGGAUGGGAAGCUGCCCGGCAGGUGGCGCGGCUGAAGCUGCUGGCCGGGCUGCCGGGGUGGUGGCAGCCGCGGCACGACGCAGCGCUCGCAGCGGGGGUUGUGGCGCAUGGAUUUGGCAACUGGCCCGAGAUGAGUCAGGACCCGCUGCUGCCUUUCCGCUCGUCGGCCGAGGAGUAUUACGAACAGCUGGGCAUGCCCAUGCCUGGCGCGGGCGCGGAGGACGCCGGCGGCGACCCGGGCGGCGGCGCCGGCAGCGGCGGCGACAGCGACGGCGGCGGGGACGGGGACGGCGCGGGGAGGAGCCCGGCGCAGAUCCCCCGGCCCCGGGCCGCGCCGCAGCACCCGGCUUGGAUGCCUGACGUUGGGGUGCUCACGAAACGCGUGAAGCAGCUAGUCCCCGCCAUCAAGGCCCUGCGCAAGCCGGGCCAGCCCCCCGCCGGCGGCGCCGCCGCAGGUGCAGCGGCCUCGAGCCCCGGCGGCGGGGCCCGCGCCGCCGCUGUGGCGGGCGGUGGGGCCGGCGGCGCGGACGCUGCCCACCACCCUCGCCCGGCGGCGGCGGCGGCGGUGUCCGAAGAGCCCGCGGCGGCGGGCGGGGGCAGCACGCGCGCCGCGACCGUGGCGGCGCAGCAGCAGCAGUCCGCCGCGCCGCCCAGCAACGCCGCCGCGGUCGCGGCCGCGGCGGCGGCGAAGCAGAAGGGCAUCAGCUCGGAGGCGCUGGCGAUCGCCAUGCAGGUCGCCAUGCAGGCGAUGGGGGGCGGGCCCGGCGCGGGCGAGUUUGGGGGGGCCGGAGACGACGCCGGCGUCGGCGGCGCAGCGGACGGAGAGGCGACGGAAGAUGAGGAGGGCAGCUCUGGCACAGAGGACGAAGAGCAGCCGCGGCUGGCCGCCAAGCGCAAGAAGUCGGCGGCGUCCAGGCAGCCCGCUGCCAAGCGCGCGCGGCCUGCGGCCGCGGCCGGCGGAUCCGGCGGCGACGACGCCCCUGACCGCCUGGCCGCGGCCGCAGCCGCAGCCGCUGCCGCUGCCGCUGCCGCGCCGGCUGUUAUAUCCAGGGUCGCAGCUAGGAGGGGGCCGCAGCCUCGGGCGGAAGGGCAGCAGGCGCACCCUCAGGCCGAAGGCAUUCCCCAGAAUCAGGCGCAGGCGCAGGCUGACCAUCGCAUACAGCUGCAGCUGGCGCAGCAAUAUGCCAUGCAGCAGCAGACGCUGCGCAGCGCGCAGCUGAUGCAGGCGCUCCAGGCACACAGGCAGGCGCAGCAAGAGCCGCAGCAGCAGGGGCGGCCGCAGGCGCCACAGCAGGCGGCAGAGCAGCCGCCGCGCACUCAGCAGUUGCAGCAUCUUGAGCAGGGGUUACAGCAGCAGCAGCAGCAGCGGCAGCACGCGGUCGCUCUGCACCAGCAGCAGUUGCAGCAGCUUUUGGAGCUGCAGGGUCGGGGCCAUGUUGGGGCGCAGCAGCUGCAGGUGCUGCAGGCGCUGCAACGUGCACAAGAACAGCAGCAGGAGCAAAGGCAGCAGGCUCUGCAGCAGGCGCUGCUGCUGCAGCAGCAACAGCGGCAGCGGCAGCAGCAGCAGCAGCAGCAGCAACAGGAGCUGCAACAGGCUCAGCAGCAGCAGCAGGCGGCCCACCACCAGCAGCACGCGCAGCAUUCAGGAUUCAGGGUGGACGGCAGCCACCAAGUAGUGCCGCCGCCUCAGGGCCAGCAGCAACAGCAACAGCAGCAGGUUCAGCUGCAGCUGCAGCAGCUUUUGGCGCUGCAGCAGAUGCAUGCCCAGCAGCAGCAGCAGCAGCAGCAGCAGCAGCAGCAGCAGCAGCAGCAGCAGCACGAGCAGCAGCAGCAGCAGCAGCAGCAGCAGCAGCAGCAGCAGCAUCCUGCCGCCGCCCAGCUGGCUGCGAUGUCACCGCAGCAGCGUCAGUUGAUGCUUGCCCUGUUGGCCGCCAGGGCCAGGGGCGAUGGCGACAGGACGCUCGUGACACAGCUGAUUGAGCACGAGCGCAUACAGACGACGCUGGGGCGUGCCAAGGAGCUGCGCAAACUGGCGGACCGUGUAGUGACAUAUGCAAAAAAGGGUGACCGCGCUGCAUGGAUCGAGGCGGGGGCGGUGGUGCGCACCGACCGGGAACUGCACAAGCUUUUCACCACGCUGGCGGAGCGGUACGAGGAGCGGCAGGGCGGCUACACGCGCGUGCUGCGCUGCGGGCUGCGGCGGCGCGACGCGGCGUCGCUGGCGUUCAUAGAGUUUGUAGAUCGGGAAGGGGAGCUGCGGCCGGCUCGCCCCCCGCAGCAGCUGGCGUUCAGCCACCUGCCUACCAGCGCACGCUUCUUUUUGGAGCAGCAGGAGCAGCAGCAGCAGCAGCAGCAGCGGCAGCAGCAGCAGCAGCAGCACUAG